AUGACUGUGCAAAGAGUGUCCGACUCUAUCCGCGCCAACAGCGCUGCCGUCAACAGUAAUCCAACGCUUCCGCACCAAAACGUUAACACUUUAACGAAUGGUAUUUCAAGUAAUUUCACAAUCAAUGGCAGUAAGUCAUCAAAGCCUAGGCGUCGAGUGGCGACCAUUGCUCAGCGAAGAGCAGCCAAUAUAAGGGAAAGGCGUCGUAUGUUUAAUCUGAACUCAGCUUUUGAUAAAUUGAGGAAAAAAGUGCCAACUUUUGCGUACGAGAAGAGAUUGUCUCGCAUUGAGACGUUAAGACUGGCCAUUAUGUACAUCGGAUUCAUGACUGAAGUGGUCAGAGGCAAAGAUCCCUGUUUUGAGCCCCGAAUACCGUUACAUCCGAGCGAUUCAUUUCAAAACCAUAGGGAUAGGGACCACAUCUGGACUGGAAGUCACUAUCCAUUCAAUACAUUUAGUGAAUCGUUUCAAAGCACUCGAUUCUGA